CACCCUCCCUUUAAAAGGAGCAGUGUCUUGAGUUCGAGCAGCUCGACUUUGCUCUCAAAAGAAACCCGAGUCUCUUUUCUCUUGACCUUUAUAGACCCGAACACGAUGACCCUCAACACCGUUUCCCUCACCGCCAUCUUGCUCACGCUGACAGGUUUGAAAGCGCUCGUGUUGACCCAGGAGAAGGCGAUAUCUGUUCAGGUUGGGCAAAAUGUCAAGAUUCUCUGUUCACCCAGUGAAGGUAGCUGGGGUUUAACAUGGUACCAGCAAAAACCAGGACAAUCUCCAAAGUUCUUGCUUGUUGAUAGCACCAGAGCGAGCGGACUGCCGAGUCGAUUCACAUACAGUGAAUCAGGAUCCCAAGAAUAUCUGCAUAUUAACGGUGUUCAGGCUGAAGAUGAAGCCGUUUAUUACUGUGCUUGCCAUAACUGUGUGGGAACCGGCACAGUGCUGCAGUUUAACGAUCAUAUUAAAUCUCCCCCGUCCCUCGUUCUGCUGGCUCCCUCUCAGUCCCUGUCUUCAGGUGAUGAUGUCAGGGUGGUUUGUCUGGUGAAGGGUUUCCGUCCUGAUAGCGCCACUCUGUCCUGGUCCGAUAACGAAAACGCCGUAGCGGGGACCGAGGUACAGACGAGUUCAUCUCAGCGUCAAUCUGAUGGCACCUUCAUCAAAUUCAGCACACUGAAACUCAGCCCGGAGCGCUGGAGCUCGGGACGAACCUACACGUGCCACGUGAACCACCUGGCUCUGUCAGCACCACUGAGUCAGAGCACCAGUGCUGAAAAGUGCAGCUAGACAAGCUGGAGAAAGGGAUGUGCUGCAUGUAGGGAUGCGAUCAUCAGCACAGAGAGAGGAGAGAUGGAAUAUUAUAACAAAAAAAAAAAAAAAAACCCUUUAGUUCAUGUCUCUUUGCUUU